UAUGUGAAAGGUCGUCGACGUCAAACUCAUGCUGCCUGGAGCUGGAACAACAACAAACGAGCUAAAUUAGCUAAACGUUAUCAUUGCGUUUGAAUUAGUUGUUUUUCUCGUGUUGGUACUGUAGCUCGUUGUUGGUAGAAAUGUCCGGAAAGGCCAAAGAUAUCCUACAGCUGGACCUGUAUGGUUUACUGGGCAUUGAAAGCACUGCUACAACGAAAGAGAUCAAGAAAGCUUAUCGACAGAAAGCCUUGACAUGCCAUCCGGACAAGAACCCAGAUAACCCAAAGGCAGUGGAACUCUUCCACCAGUUGUCCCAGGCUCUUGAGGUGCUAACGGAUGCUGCUGCCAAGGCUGCAUAUGAUAAGAUUUGCGCUGCCAAAAAACAAGCUGAAGAAAGAAACAGGAAACUAGAUGACAAGAGGAAGAAAAUUAAGCUUGACUUGGAGACCAGAGAGCGAAAUGCAGAAGCUCAGAGUCAGGAGGAGGUGCAAAUCACUAGAACACUUGAAGAAGAGAUCGCCCGUUUGAGAGAGGAGGGAUCCAGACAGCUUGAGGAGGAACAGAGGCUUAUCAGAGAGCAGAUCCAGAGAGAAAGAGAAGCACAGCAGCAGGAAACGGGAGGCUAUCCUCAGAGAAACUCGGGAGUGGAGAGAUGUUCCAAGAGCAAUGUGACCCCCAAAUUGAAGUUAAAGUGGAAGUGUAAAAAAGAUGAUGGGUCAAAUGGAGGCUACUCUGAGGACAUCCUUUUCAGACUUCUACAAAAGUAUGGGGAUGUUUUGAAUGUGAUUGUAUCGAGUAAGAAGAAAGGAAGCGCUGUGGUCGAAUUUGCAACUGUGAGAGCAGCUGAGUUGGCAGUCAAGAAUGAAAGUGGCCUGAGUGAAAACCCCUUGAAGAUUUCAUGGCUUGAAGGACAGCCCGAGGUUUUAGCUCCAGUAUCUCAACCUGGCAACUUUAUGUCUUCACAGGGCGCCCUGACAAAUGAGCGUGACUACGAGAGCGUGGUGAUGAUGAAGAUGAGGCAGGCUGCUGAGCGACAGAGACUCAUAGAACAAAUGCAAAAAGAUGAUGAAGAGGACACUUCUGGGUCAUAGCAACAGGAUCCAGCUCAGUACCAGCCUGCAACUAUUAAAUGAAUACCUGUUUCAGACUUUAGUUUCAUAAAGCCUCAUAAGUGUUUUGUUAUUAUUUUUUGUAUGUAAUACACUGUAAGGCAGAAUAAAUCUUUUUAAUAA